AUGGACCGGAAGAAGGCGAUGCCGCUUAUCAAAAGCGAAGACGAGCUGUCCAAGUGCAUCGAAAUACUGCGAAUAAAGAGGCAGGAAAUUCACGAGCAAAUUUUAAAGGAAGAGGACAAAGAAAGAAUGCAGAAGGAGAUCGCCAUGCUGAACGAAAAGCUGCAAGAGGUGUGCCAUAGCAUAACCAAGAAGCUACAAACACGUUUAGAAUAUGACCGAACUAUUAAAGAAACAUCUGCAGCGUACACAAAAAUAAGAGAGUCUGCCAAGUCUCUACUGCAUAUUUUAAAAAGGGAAGAGAAUCAUCUGGGGAGUAAACUGUACAGUGGGGCAUCCGAGGACGAUUUUAAGUCGCUCAGGGAAUUGAGGAAUAUGCACCACCAUUAG